GGUCCCGUAAGGUAAUGUCGCUCUGCGUUCCGUCUGACCAGCUCCUUUCGUCAUUUCGAAAUAACCGCCGGGUUUUUUACUUCCUCGCUCCUCGUAAAGGAAGUGUACUAUUUUGAAAUACUCUCGACUUUUACCGGUUUACUUCCUGGAAUUUAUUUCUCCUUGUCUUCACCGAAACUUUAAACUCAACUGUGCUUCAGUGGUCGGUGAUAAAUUGUUUGCCCUUGGUUCAGAGAAGAAACACAAUUCUGAGGAAAUCCUUCACUCUAAAUUAUUAGUUUUAUCAUUCUCCCGCUGUGCUUUUAGUUGAAAAACAACAAAGUGAUUACUACAUACUAUAUUAUUCUUUCAGUUGUGCGAGAUUUUAUGUGUAAUCCUCUCUCAUUAUCAUUCUCGAUCGUUGGAAUUUCUCGUUGAGGCAACGCGGUUCGAGGUUAGGUUUUUUCAAUCGUGCAAAAAUUUAUCCAAGGUGUUUACAGAUUUAUCCGUUUUAAACUUCCGCUGAAAAGCUGCUUUUCUUUUAACUCUGAUCAGUUUUAUUUCUCACCCGCGUUAAGGUGUGUUUCACUGUUCAAUGACUAGCAUUAUUUGAGUUUGUGAGUCUUCAUUUGAUUAAAUAGUGCUACGGAACGUUGCAGAAAUGGGUGUCGCAAGUUGUAGAAAAUAUUCAAGCUGUGUCUUCAAUCUGGUCGUCGUCCUCACAUCUCUACAAUUAACUACAGGCCAUGCUGCCAAAAAUUGGAAGAUAGGAGCCCGAACGCCCAGCUGGACCGCCCCAACAGAGACUCCCUCUUUCGGCAUAAAUGGUACUUCGUACAAAGCGAAAGUACAAGACACGAUAGUCCUACCAUGUGAAGUAAAAAAUCGUGGGAACUAUGUGUUGGUCUGGAAGCGGGGGAAGUCGGGGGUGGUGCUGACAGCGGGGGCGACGAAGGUCUACCCCGAUGAGCGGAUACAUCUGGUGGAUGGCUACAACCUGGAGAUCCGAGACAUCAAGACGGCCGACGCUGGCGACUACGUAUGUCAGGUCGUCACCAUCCAGCCCAUGGAGAUCACUCAUACUCUCGAAAUCCUAGUUCCUCCAGAAAUCAAGCGUGAUGAGUCGAGAGGUAGCUUGGAAGUUAACAAAGGCGCAUCCAUCAUUCUGGAGUGUCCAGCGGAAGGAAAUCCUGUUCCCAAAAUUACGUGGUCCAGAAAGAACAACAAUUUACGGAACGACAUGAUGAACUACGAAGGACGGACUCUGAAGAUCGAAAAUGUCUCGAGGCAUGACGCUGGUAUCUACGUGUGCACAGCCGACAACAAAGUGGGCCGAGCCGCCACGCAGGAGUACAAAGUCAAAGUUCUCUAUCCUCCGGAAAUUGAGGUCGAGAAAAGCUGGGUCCACUCUGGCGAAGGCUACGAAGCUCUAUUGGUGUGCAUCGUCCACGCUGAACCGUUAGCAGAGGUUGUCUGGUACAAAGGGACCCUGCGACUGGAGCCGAACGAGGGACGGAGAUUGGAGAUCCGAGGGAGUCGCCACAUCCUCGUCCUGACCAAGGUCCAAGCUUCCGACUUCGGCAACUACAGUUGCGUCGCCGAUAAUUCCUUCGGCAAAUCUCGGGCUCAUCUCGAACUAUCGGGGAUCGCAAAUCCAGCCUCGUUUCUGAGCUUCCCGAAGGGUCUUCUGCGGGACAGUUACAACAUCAGUUGGUCGGUGGACAGCUACACACCUAUCGAAGAAUUUAAACUCUUCUUCAGGAAAAUCCCGAAGAACGGAUCGUCGUCACAAACGCAAGGACCCAACUCUAACAAACGACCCACAAGGCGGCAAGACUACAACAGCACGACAGGCAGCUGGAACGCUUACGCGUAUAACAGGUUGCACUCCGGGUGGAAUGACAUCACACUACCGGUGCAGCCUAGCGAAUCCUUCACGAAGAAGAUGUGGUACACAAUAAAGAACCUCGAGCCGGCGGCCCAAUACGAGGCCCAAGUGCAAGCCAAGAAUCGCUUCGGUUGGAACCAGAUUUCCGACAAGUUCUCGUUUUCCACGCGAGGCGAAUCGAACUCAGUCUACGAUUCGCAGUCGAUAUAUUCAGAACCUGAAAUGAGAGACAUGGGUGUGAUCUUUAAUUCAGCUACGUGCCUGUAUCAAUCUUUAAUAAUGUCUAUAGUUGUUAUAGUUUUAACAAGUGCGACGUAAACUAGUUGGCAGAAUGAAUGAAACUGAAUCGGUGGGGACCUGCGAAAAAUUUUACCACUGAGAUUCGGCAGGGUUUCCUUUGACGGUUUAAUGUUUUUUCUACUUUCAUUUGGUUCUCUUUUGUUUUAUUUUCCCAUUUUUAUUUUUGUAUUUAUUUAAUUUUUCAUUUUGCCCUCAUUUUCUUACGUAUCCCAAGUCGUGUAAAUAUUACGUGUUCUUUUUCUCUUUUCAUGAGCUUUGUAUUUCCGAUGAAAAGUGAUGAUGUAAAUAGUCGCAGUUUUAUGAAUCUUGCAGGUAUUGUUUUCAAAUUUUACCAAGUAUUUUAUUAAAAAAUGUCGAUAAAGUGUAAAAAGAAUCUAGUCAAAAAGAUAUUAUGUAGGAAUGGAGCAUUUGAAGCAGACUGUGAGAAUGUUCUCCCAUUAAUUCAAUCAGUAGUGUAACUUUCAAAUAGCUCCUUUUCCUAUUAAACCUUGCAAUCACUGCAAAUUGUUGAGCUUCCAUCAAAGAAUGGUGCGUUACUUUUUGAAUGUAUACCUACCAGCUUUCCACACUCACAUACUUGGUUGAAAAAAUAAGUGUGCGCAUGUACGCGUUUUUUCAAAAAAUAAAAUCGGUCCUUUAAAUCAAAACCUAUCGGUACAUUGACACAUCAAUGGUGUAAUUGAAUUGCGGUUUAAGGUAAUUUUACGAUUCUUUUGAAUUACUUAUUUUAAUGGUUGACAAAAUACAUCUUCUACAGCUCAUUGAUGCAGUUUAUACUUAAAACCGUCGAAAAUCGAACUACGGACUUAUGCAAUUUCACCACGGAUACGUUAAAACCUCACUCGUCAAUUUUCUAAUGAAUCUUAAUGCCCGUAAUUUUUUUUAUGUCAGUGCUCAUCAUCAGAGAAUAGGCAUGAGGUUUUCUUAUUGAUCAAUUUAUUUAUAAAGUCAAAAUUCUGAAUUUUUUUUAAUCGUAGCUAUAAAUGUGCCAACAUCUCAACAGUUCUGUGCUUGCUCGUUAGAGUACAAUUGCAGCUUAAAGAUUGCACUGCCGUUUGGGGCUGCCGCGUUGCAGAGUACCUCAGUUGUAUAAUUCUGUUUCCUGAUAAAAUAUAAAUUUUUCUGCUGCCUUUCUUCCUUUAGGUUAGAGUAAAAAGGUACACACUUUCAAAAACAAAGUUUUUUCCCGGUUACUUAUUUUAUUUUUUUAUUUAUCAAUUCAUCAAAUGUUUAGAGUACAUACGGUUCUAUGUACUGUUUUUAAAUUCCAAUCAUGGGAUCUAUUUGUUUGUCAAUUAUUGACAUAAGAAUAUUCCAUUUUUUUUACUAUCAUUAACUUAAUUGGCUUAAUUUUGUCCCCCCAAAAAAAGGAGUAUCAAUCAAAGGAAACUUUCUAAUGGUUUGUUGAGAUCCGAGUUAUGAAAUUCAUAGCUGACCUGUUUAAGAUAAAAUAUUGCACCUAUUCAUAGGAAAAAUUCAACCAUAAAGUUUCAUCUCAGUGACUAUACCCAUCCAAGUUUUCAGUGACUUGAGACCAGCUGCGAAUGACAUUACGUUUUCCCAGAAAUAUUUCGUCUUAACUCUCUCAUCUCGAAAAAUACAUCACAUUUACUUCACUCGCGUAACAGAUAUAUAGCCUUUUUCAAUUUUGAAGAUUUCUUUCCUCUGUUGUUUGAAUCAGGUAUUUUGUACCUGCUUACCCAUGUUUUCUUGCCACUCAAUUGUAAUUGUAGCUAUUUUUAAAAGAGUAAAAAUUGUAAAAAUGUAAAUAGUGAAAAAUUGUGAUUUUUAUGUACAAUAGUUAUUAUUGCAUUAAUGUGCUAUGAGUUUGUAGAUGCUGACUUCUUAGGAAUAAAUUACUUAAUUUAUCAACGUACUUACCUGCUAAAUGUGAAGUAGGUACCAGCUUACGUAAAAGAGUAAUAAAAUAGAAUCAUGUUGCACUUCUUCAUUUGCUCACCAGAAAAAAAGAAAAGUAACCAAUUGAAAUCAGAUCAAAAACUGUCCAUCUACAUGUUUUAUAUUUUCAAGAGGUGGUGUAGACAGGGGAUAUACUUUAGGCAUCCACAUGUUUCAAUCGACAAAAUACUCACGAGUUAAUGUUGAAAAAAAUGUAUGUUCAAGAAUGUAUUUUGGUUCAAACAUGAAUCAACGACUGAAUUCAAAGAGUGUCAUUCGGAUAGAGCACCUAUUUGAAGAUUUCAGUCAAAAAUUCUAAGUAGAAAUCAUUCCCCUAGUAGUUUUUUUCUCUCUCUCUUAAAUAAUUUGCAUCACUGCAUGAUUAAAUUUUUAGAUUUUCAUGUAAGCGUAAACAUAGUCUGAAUGACAUUAAUUUUAAGUUCAUUGACAAUCAGUCUACAAAAAAAAUUGAUACGUAGUUUCAAGUGAAAACCCUCAAAUCCUGAUAGGCGUUCAUUUCAAUUUUUUUUUGUUUCGUUGUCCAGGAAUUGUAUUCUUCUUUUUGGCUUCUUACAUGUAUAUACUACACCCAAACUCAUUACUUCACUUAAAAAGGAUUCCUUAAAGUAGGUAGAACUCGCGUCUAGUAGGUAUGUUGACAGUCCUUCAGUUUUGACUGUCACGCACAGAAGCCCAAGUCACGUUUCUUCGCAAGGCGUGGACGUUACCCGCGGCCAAUCCUUGAUCCUAUCGAAUGACUGCGUUGCAAUCGCUUCCAAACAGAAAGUUAACAACUACCAACUUAUCUGACGUAAGUUUUACCCGAUUUACUUUUCAAAGAGGGUUUCCACAAUAACUGGCCCUCUCUAUAGAAAUUAACUCUGUUUUAACUCCACAAGGGGCCAGUAACUUGACAUUUCAAUCAAAUUUUUCAUGCUUGCAUCUCCCAUAAUGUAACCUUGGUAGGUAGCCCUGAAAAUCUCCCAAGUUAAUUGAAAAUCAUGGAGAGAUGAAAGGAAGGACAGAAACUGUAGUGGAAGCAAUUGUUUUAUUUUUUGGUCAGUUGGAGCGAUUAACCUUCUCAAACUUGAGUGUUAGGGUGGGGUGGGGGGCUAAAAGUUUAAAAGCUCAUACAUUUUAAUUUUAUGAAUUGUAUGUUAUUUCAAGCAUCAUUUUUUUUCUGUUGAGAAUUCAUCGCUAAUCAGCUGGUUUAAUUCACACGAUUCAACUGGUUCAACUUACGUUCAUUCCUCCCUACCUACCUUCUUCAUUAUUGAUUUCCUGUCACUUGGGAAAUUUUAGUAGGUAGGUUUUUGUUGAAACUUUUCAUCACGCAAGUUGUUGUUUUCCCCCUUUAUUUUUGCAUGUUAUGUCAUAAUUUCCGAAUAAGGAAUUGGCCAAGAUUACUUGGUCUAGGCCAAUUUGUUUGUGAGCAGUUUAAAAUGCAGGUUUUACAAUUUGCGAAUAAAUUAUUGCAGAUUUAUAAAGAAAUUUGUUUCUGUGCCAGUUAAUUGCUUACUCACAACUGGGUUUCAUUGUACACAAUACGUCCCUCAAAGAAGAGGCUAUUUUUGUUACUUACCAAAACUUUGAUGCUUUAGAAUAAGUCUCAUUGUACGUAAAUGUGUUUUGUGUCAAGCUUCUUUUCAGAAAUAAAUGUGAUGAAAUCAA